AUGGGCUCCGUGAGACCCACUUUUUCCAGAAGGUGCACGACUUCUGGAAAAAGAAUCUCUUACGGCGACAUGCAUUCCAAUUCCAUUGGAUUGCCAUGUGAAGAGGAGGUUUUGACGCAGGCUCCCAUCAAAACCGACUCGGAAUUUGACGAAAAAGGAGCAGAAGAAGGAAAGGCGGCGGCGGUCAGUCCCUUGGCGGAUGGACUGGUCAUUGGUGGUAGAGGGCGCCCAACCACCUUUGGAUCGGCCACCCACAGCGUGGAAUGA